AUGACCUCCUUCCCUUCUUCAGUCGAACAUCUCCCUUUAGCCCGUUCGAAACGACAUGGUCGGCGCAUCGACCGAGAACGAGAUGCAGAAGCUCUUCAAGCAGACGGAGCCGUUGAUGGGAAAGAUGUAGAUACUAAAGUGGAAGUUGGAGUAGGUGGGACUAUACUAGAUUUUGGAAGGAGUGGAGGUGCCGGACUUGAGAGAGGGAAGAAAGGCUGGACAUGGGUCUGGGCAAGCGAGGCGAGACAAGACUUGAGAUAUGUAGCUGGAGAAAAGAGUACUAUCCUGUUUCCUGGAACUCAUUCCGUGGAUGGUGUUGAGAAUGUUAAAUUACCUUCAAAAGAGAUGAUUGAUUCUUCCACGAAAUAUAUCGAAUCACUUUGUUCACCAUAUGAAAAAUACGGACUUCGCGAAGCCCUUUUAUCUAUUAUUGACGAUAAUCAACCUGAAGCUGGACCAUCAAAUACAUCAAAGUCACCUGCCGGAGCUAUAAAUACUCCUGAGAAAGACGUGUACGAUGGACCGAAAAUAGCUAUAAUCGAUAAUUCCAGAGCUAGAAUUGCGAAGAGUUUGUUAGCCUUUCCUGUGGGUGAAAUAGGGCAUCAUUUGAAUAUAAGUCCAUUCCUUCCUGCUAACAGUACGAAAGUGGAUUCAAGAAGUAAAUCACAUUUCGUACCGACUCAUAAAGUAGUUGAACGAUUUCCUACUCCCAUACUGCAGAUCGUUUCUUCACCUGUCGUGUCAAGUGCACGUAUAGACCGCGAGGCUACAGCCCUACUUAUUAGACUCCAAUCCACCACACAUCUUGUCAAUCUGAUCCCUGAUCACGCCUACGUGCCACCGUCGUCAUCUCCACCUGUAAUUUCACAAAGGACGGCUCAGCUAAGCUAUGAGGAUACAGAAGGACGUAGACAUGUUGAUGCUGCCUUGGACGCCAAUGUCUGGUCAAGGGUACUGGUGGUUGAUGAAUCCGGCGGAGUCUGGUUAUGGUGGGAAGAGAAAGAGACGAAGGGAAGUCAAAUAGAAAAAGUCUGGAACCUACGUAAAGUAAGAGAUAAAGUGACCGAAGAAAGACAUCAAUACUUUCAAAUCGCUUUCGGAACAAGACCAGGUACGGCGAUCGUCCUUUCUUCGAAAGAGGCAGUCAUUAUCGAUAUAGAUGAUCCUGAACAUCCUUCUACUAAUCUCUUAACACUCAGAAGUCGAGAUCGUCAUUUCCUCUCUCUUGAUAAAACUGCUUCGGAAAGAGAUUCACUUCAUGUAGUAAUAGCUACUACUCACGAAGUGAUGUGGGUAGACGAAGAUAGACCAGGAACACCAGUAUUGAGCUGGAAGCAUGAUUGUGGGUCAAAGGACCUACACGUUGCAGUUAUACCAGGUCUAUCUAGUAAAGACUGGUGUACGAUACUAUAUUCUCCUACUCUAUCAUUUAUCCUAUCAUUCUCGACCACCAAAACAUCCCCUAUCAGAUCCCUAUCAAAUCCUUACGCAAUCAACCUUCCACUCAAACAGAUCAACUCCGUCAUACCUUUCUUUCCAGCUUCUUCUAGACAUCCAAGAAACCUCAUUGGUCUAUCGCCUGAUGGAGGCGUACAUUUAAUUCCGAUAUUUCCCUAUGCCAAUGCCUUGAACACAAAACGAGAAGGUGGUAGAAAGAUCACGGGACUGAAAGCUAUUUGGGACGAAGACGUUGGACGCUUCACCAAAAACCAUGAGGACCGAAAAGGAGACAGGGCAGAGAAGAUUGGUAAAGAAAUGGACUUCCGUUGGGCUUGGCUCGAAAUCAACCGACCAGUCAGGUCGACCGGCGAGGAAGUCUAUUUCUCCCCCAAAGAAUUCGAGAGAUACCUUAGAGAAUUAGAUGCACCGCUAGAACAUCUCAUGACAGCUGCCGACCUAGCGAGAGAUUCCAUCUAUCCCGAAUCAAAUGAACAGAGAUCACAUCUCCUCACUCCCCUUCCUGUUCAUCAUCAAGCUUCGAGAUCGACACUUGAAUCAUUAUCAGAAAUUAAUAUAACCAAAUACCUUCCUGUCGUAUCAUCAAUCAACUCAAUUCAACCUAUUUUCAAGGAGUGUCGACCUCCCAUGUCCAAUAACGAUCCUUUAGAACUUUUCGAAGAAUACAAACAGACAUAUCCCACCUCAUCAAGCAAUAAUCAUAUAUCUCAACUAAUACUUGAUCUAAGUUUGAGUCGGAUUGUCCUAUUCUCGGAACCCGUUUCUCCACUUGCACAGAAUGCUUUGGAAGAGAUGCAACAAUCGGAACCUGAAGAUGAAUUAUUUGCUAGAGUGACUGAACAACUGAGCUUAACGGAUACGGACCGUUUACCACCUAAAAUCAAAUUCCAUUUCCUCACUCCCAACAAUAAUCAAUUACCACAGGAUUAUGAGGAGGGUACACGAGCUGAAUAUGUGCAUAACGAUAUGACCGAAUUGCAAGACCCAACUGCUAGAGGGAUACUGAAUGAUUGGAAGAUAGGUGAUGAUCCUUCUUCCCAUACAUGGUCUUCAUGGAGGACAGAGGAUCAAAAUCACGACGAUAACAGCAUCGUCGAUAACAGCAACAAGUAUAAUGAUGACAUCCCAUCGUCAAUACCUUCUUACUCUCAAAUUCAGAGGAGGAUCAAACGUCUACCCCCAUCAAAAUCUAGUGUAUCAUUCUCGCAACCGUACUUAAAUUCGACAGAAACGUUUCAUUCCCUUCAAUCGAAACCUUCUUCUAUGACCAAUACAAGUUUACCAACAAUGCCACAACUUGGUCAAAUGGCAAGGUCUUCUCCUCCACCCAUAAUGCAAAAUUCAAGUCAACAGGACGAGUCCCAAUGGGCGGCAACGCAAGUUGAAAGAGGUCCUUUCGGAGGCAGAGAAGGAAGGGAAAAGAAGAAGAAAAAGGAAAAGAAAAGGGUUGGAGGGUUUUAG